GGGGCGGGGGCAAAAGGGAGCCUCGGGGUGUCGCCCACCCGAGCCGAGGGGCUGAAGCGCUAGCUGCGGAACAGCAGCCCGGCCGCUGGUCCUGGCGCGGCGAGGGGCGCGCGCCGCUGCUGAUUCAUCACCGCGAGCGCCUCGCAGGCCACCGCGAGGGCAGCGGGCCGGCGCCAGAUCCCGCCGCAGGUGGAAGCCGCGGGUGCAGGAGCCCCGCGGGCAGGAGGUGAGGACCCCUCCCUUCUCUUGCCCCAGUCAUCGCAGGGCGGUGGCCACAGGACAGAGAAAGGGGCGUGCCCCUCGGCGUGAAGUAGUCACGCCCGCGUGAUGCCCCCUCCCGCGUGUCACCGGUGCUAAACAGGCGUGUCCUCCUCUGCCCCUGUCGCGAGCCCGGCCAGUCCCCUCCAGCCCCGAGCAGCGCGGGCAGCGGCGCCGCGAUGGAGGAAGAGCUCAAGUGCCCCGUGUGCGGAUCCCUGUUUCGGGAGCCCAUCAUCCUACCCUGUUCCCAUAACGUCUGCCUGCCUUGCGCCCGCACCAUCGCGGUGCAGACCCCGGACGGCGAGCAGCACCUGCCCCAGCCGCUCCUGCUUUCCCGGGGCUCGGGGCUGCCCGCGGGCGCCGCCGCCGCUGCCGCCGCUGCCCCCCUGGACCACGACGCGGCGGCUGGCGCGGCCAGCAGCGGUGCGGGCGGGAGCGCGGCUGGCGGCCUGGGCGGCGGUGCGGCAGGUGGCGGAGACCACGCGGACAAGCUGAGCUUGUACAGCGAGACAGACAGCGGCUAUGGGUCCUACACCCCGAGCCUCAAGUCCCCCAACGGGGUUCGCGUGCUGCCUAUGGUGCCCGCGCCACCCGGCUCCUCGGCCGCCGCGGCCCGGGGCGCCGCCUGCUCCACGCUGUCCUCGUCCUCAAGCUCCAUCACAUGCCCGCAGUGCCACCGCAGCGCCUCCCUGGACCACCGCGGCCUGCGCGGCUUCCAGCGCAAUCGGCUGCUCGAAGCCAUCGUGCAGCGGUACCAGCAGGGCCGCGGGGCCGCGGCGGGGGCGUCCGCAGCCGUGGCCGUGGCCAUCUGCCAGUUGUGCGACCGCACCCCUCCAGAGCCGGCCGCCACGCUGUGCGAGCAGUGCGACGUGCUGUACUGCGCUGCCUGCCAGCUCAAGUGCCAUCCCUCCCGGGGACCUUUCGCUAAGCAUCGCCUGGUGCCGCCGCCGCCGCCCGCGCCCGCGCCAGCGCCCGCGGAGGCAGCCCCUGCGCCCACCGGCGCGGCCCUGGGCGCCCCCGGCGGAGGCAGCGGCUGCAAGAGCCCGGGAGGCGCCGGGGCUGGGGCGGCUGCGGGCAGUGCGGCCCGCAAGUUCCCCACGUGUCCGGAACAUGAAAUGGAAAACUACAGCAUGUACUGCGUGAGCUGCCGAACCCCCGUGUGCUACCUGUGCCUGGAAGAGGGCAGGCACGGCAAGCACGAGGUGAAGCCGCUGGGGGCCAUGUGGAAACAGCACAAGGCACAACUAUCUCAGGCCCUAAACGGAGUUUCGGAUAAGGCAAAAGAAGCGAAGGAGUUUCUGGUUCAGCUCAAGAACAUACUGCAGCAGAUCCAGGAAAACGGACUGGACUACGAAGCCUGCCUGGUUGCUCAGUGCGAUGCCCUGGUGGACGCGUUGACUCGGCAGAAAGCCAAGCUGCUCACCAAGGUGACGAAAGAGAGGGAGCACAAGUUGAAGAUGGUUUGGGACCAGAUCAAUCACUGCACGUUGAAGCUGCGCCAGUCCACCGGGCUGAUGGAGUAUUGCCUGGAAGUGAUCAAGGAGAACGACCCCUCUGGGUUCCUACAGAUCUCAGACGCUCUGAUCAAGCGUGUCCAGGUGUCCCAGGAGCAGUGGGUCAAAGGCGCCCUGGAGCCAAAAGUGUCUGCAGAGUUCGACCUGACCUUGGACAGCGAGCCAUUGCUGCAGGCCAUCCACCAGCUGGACUUCAUUCAGAUGAAAUGUAGGGUGCCGCCUGUCCCCUUGCUGCAGCUGGAGAAGUGCUGCACCCGCAACAACAGCGUCACGCUGGCCUGGAGGAUGCCGCCCUUCACCCACAGCCCCGUGGACGGCUACAUCCUAGAGCUGGACGACGGUGCUGGGGGGCAGUUCCGGGAGGUGUAUGUGGGCAAGGAGACCCUGUGCACCAUCGACGGGCUUCACUUCAACAGCACCUACAACGCCAGGGUCAAAGCGUUCAACUCCUCUGGCGUCGGGCCGUACAGCAAAACCGUGGUCCUGCAGACAUCCGACGUGGCCUGGUUCACGUUUGACCCCAACUCUGGGCACCGGGACAUCAUAUUAUCCAAUGACAACCAGACGGCCACCUGCAGCAGCUACGAUGACCGGGUGGUGCUAGGCACGGCUGCAUUCUCCAAGGGCGUGCACUACUGGGAGCUGCACGUGGACCGGUACGACAACCACCCAGACCCCGCCUUCGGGGUGGCCAGGGCCAGCGUGGUCAAGGACAUGAUGCUGGGCAAGGAUGACAAGGCGUGGGCCAUGUACGUGGACAACAACCGCAGCUGGUUCAUGCACUGCAACUCCCACACCAACAGGACGGAGGGCGGCGUGUGCAAGGGAGCCACCGUGGGCGUGCUGCUGGACCUGAAUAAGCACACCCUGACCUUCUUCAUCAACGGGCAGCAGCAGGGCCCCACGGCCUUCAGCCACGUGGACGGGGUCUUCAUGCCAGCCCUCAGCCUCAACCGCAACGUGCAGGUCACUCUGCACACAGGACUGGAAGUGCCAACAAACCUGGGGCGGCCAAAGCUCUCAGGCAACUAGGUCCCGGCUCCAGCUGUCCAGCCGUGCGCCCCGCCGUUCUCACGGAGCUCAGAUAACCCCAGAGGGCAGGACGGGCAGGUCGUGGGUGCAGCCCAGCAGCCGGGCAGAGUCCUAGAGACACGUUUUCUUUGGGGGCCGGGGUGUGUGUCUGCAGGCCACGCCUGUUGCUGCCACUGUUGGCGGUGGGCACGGUGUGUGUUUUUACCUUCAUUCCACCUAAAUGUCACAAAUCCCACCAAGAAGGACCUUCCUCAAGGGAGUGGGAAGGCAUUUGCAUUUCAUGUUUAUGUUUCCUGCAGUCUAUUUUCAAAGCUGGCCUUUCUUUGGAGGGAGAGAGGAAGGCAGGCUUUGAGACGGGCAUUGGGGAGCGCUCUGUGUACCUGGUAAUCCCACGCGCCCCGAGUGUAGACCCUCUGCUGGAACAGCGCUCCUCCUCCGAGCACCAAGGCUGCAGAUUCUCAUCUGUGCUGGGAAAAGUUCUCCUUUCGUUUCCUGGUCCUGGAGGCUUUAGUAUGGUCUGCCACUUGCAGACCCAAUUCAGGAGUGACAGAAAGGGGUCUUAGCCAUGAGCGCUGGACUUUCGCCUCUCACUGAACUGCUCAGAACCUUUGAAAACAGCUUCCUUAGGUCCUUCACUAGUCAACCAAUUGUGUGUGUGUCUCUCUCUGUCUUUCACACUCACACACACACACACACACACACGACAGUCUGCUAAAAUUCAUUCACUCAGUUCUUAGUUUUUAAACACACAGGACAACACCUGAAUUUUAAUAACUACGUGAUGCGUCUUCACCUGCCCGUAGCUCCUUGCUGGAACUGGCUCCCCAGGAAGUUACCUAAAAACGUAUCCAAGUUGCUCUUCCGGGCUGCGCCACCCUCAGACUCGCAAGCAUUUACGAUGAGACCCGGGGAAAGCCUCUUAUAGCCCAUCUACCCUUCGUUUUGAAUCCAACCCCACUGUCAUCAUGAAAGCAUCGAGAACACAAGAAGGGGCCCCGAUGGCAGGCAGGGAUGGCUCUGCCCUGAUGGGGUGCACAGGACCCCCAGAGAAGGCAGGAGACAGAGGGGCACUGUUGUAUGCCUUGUCCCCCAGCAGGGUGUGCCCAGUCCCGUGUGCCCGGACGGGGCUCCAGGGUGGGUCCUCCCCUCCUUCCUGGAAACAGCACGCUGUCCCUUACCCGCACCGAGUCACCCCCUCCUCUCAAAGCGAGCCUGGCCCAGGGGCUCUGAGCCCAGGCGCUGCAGCAGAGAACCCCUCCUCUCCUUUCUCUCUUCUUCCCUGUCCCAUGCCACCCCUAGGCCCCCACCUGGCAAUAACCUUUCUCUCUCCUUUUUAAAAGAGUACAUUUUAUCUAGCAUUUUAUUUCUGAGGUUAAGGAGCAAUUCAUCUAUUGGCUGGAUUGGAUUUUUCUACAACUCGCCCCGCACGCCGGCACCAACUGUGCUUCCUCGGUUCUGCCUUCCUGUUUGGACCCGGCGCCUGCUUCCUGAGUACCCACCUGCCAGGGCCGCGCAGAUCCUCCCCUCUGUCCAGCAGGUGCGACAAUCCUACCUCAAAGCUCACGCGCGCUCUUGGCCUGCAAGGCUGCCCGGUUUGCUGUCUCCGCAGAUGUGGCCGGUCAGGCCAGCUUGCCCGGGUCGCCAGGAGCUGCUUGGUGCUGUGUAGCAGCCUCUGCGGCUGCGGGACCCUGGGAGCCAUCUGCUUCGUCUGGGUCUUGCUUCAUCCUGCAAAGUGGCUUCUGGCUCUCUCCCUCCUGUCCCAGAGCCCCAUCCAGACCUUUGGAGGAGUCACACAAGACCUGGCCCGCUGCGUCCUCGCCCACACGGCUGCCUCUCUCUGCUUCCACUUUCUUGCAGCUUCGUCCGUAGCCAUAGCUCUGGUGGCCUCGGCUCGGAGGAUGGAGAAGAUCCCUAAAGAUUGGGGACACAGAGGAGACACCACUUUCCUGGGGCCCAGGAGGCCAUAGCGUGGCCACCACGUCCGGACACCAUCAGCUUUGGGAAACAUCUCGCUGUCUUUUGGAAAGGAGAGGCCGGCGCCCCGCCCCAGGAGCAAGUGUAGGGUGGGGAAGGUUGGCCAGGCAGGGCCACCUGGCGGGAGCAGCCUCUCCCAGGGAAGCCCCCAGAAUCAGCACAGCCCAAGUCACCAGGCGGCCCUGGCUCUGCAGAGGAAUGACACCUCAGGGCCACCUGGACUUCUUAACACCCUCAGGGGAGCUGACGCCUGGGUCAGGGGAGAUGUGCAAAAUGCCCACCAGUGCAGGUGGCCUCUUGAAGAAGAAAUUCCCUCACGUUCAGAGAAGGGCAACCAGGCCACCCUCCUCCCCUGCGGAGUGAGCUUGGGGCCUGGGGAGAGUCGCCCUUUUCUGACUCCUCCAGGAGCCCAGAAGCAACACAGCUGAUCCGGGGACAGUGUCCAGCUGUCCUUCACAGCCACCUCUCCUGUCUUCAGCACAAAAUACCUUUCAGGGACAAGAAUGGACCUCAAAGAGAAGGGCAGGUCUAUGCCACACACCUGUGGUUUUGAGGGACCAGAAACACGAAAAAGGAAUUAACAACUCCCCGUCACCGGGAGGCCCUGAGACGUGGAGCAGAAACGACACACGAGUCAGGGAUUCCCGUCCUCCAUUGAGUCCGCUGUCUUGUUACAACAUGGCGGCGCAUUUGUGCAUACCGUUGUAUCCAGAGAUGCUUUUGUCGGGCUGGCUGAGGAGUGACUUGAUGUAAAUCUGUCCGGCAGUUUCGGUGAGAAAGCGACUCAAAGUAGUUCCAAGCGUGGAUUUCCGUCGCGUUGUAAAUAUCUCCGUAGCGUGGUUCUGCGGUUCGUUCUUUGCUAGUGUGAGCAGGUUUGUCAAAGUGUAUGCCUUUUCCUUUUCAAAUUAAUCUUUUUACAAAGUAUCCACUAGCCCCUCACUGCAUAGCCUCCCAGCUCCUAAUUCAGAGCAAGGGAAGACGUUUCUCCAAGGCCUGCUUUCCCCUCUCUCUCCUCUUUGGGAAAAUAAUGAUCCCGAUGAAAGAGGACGCCAGUAAUCGAACCCACAAGGUGACUGACCUAAAAACUAUGAAACUGUAUACAGCUCUAGGCUGCGUCUUCAGCCCUAUGUGUACUUUGUAGUUGCAACAACACACCUAGGCGCCCCUGGCCCACCAAGGCUGGGGCAGGUCGUGCUUCCGCUCAGAGUGAGCCCGGGCGACACUGUGGAGCUCACCAGGAGCUGGGGCAGGCCUGCCCUCGCUCUCUCUCUCUCUCUCUCUCUCUCUGUCUCUGUCUCUUUCGGUGCCCCUGCUCUCUGCCCUACCAGAGCACUCUCAGGAAAGGAUCAGAAUGCAGGAUCUAUGUGUACUUCUUCCAGGGAUAUCUGCAUUUAAGCCUUAAUUCUAGUCGCAAGUGAAAGGCUUGGUCCCCCUGGGAAGGCGUGUUUCAGCACCAGGGAGCAGGUGGCUCGCCCACUGACAAGGCUGCCACCCGUCCUACGGGCCCCUGCAGGCUGUGCGGGGUAGGGGACAGAGGUGGCUAAAAUCCUUUGGGAACUCAACUCGUGACUGCUGAAGAAACUAUUGCAAGGCCUGUAGGGGGAUUCCAGGGUUCCUCAACCUCUACUGACUUUUUGGGGUGGGUCCUGUAUACUGUAGGACGUUUAGCAGCAUCCUUGGUCCCUACCCACUAGCUGCCAGUAGCAACUCCCAAGUUAGUUGUGACAAGCAGAAGUACCUAUAACAUUGUCAAAUGUCCCCUGCGGCUGUCCCCAGUUGAGGACUGCUAGGGCGUGCUAGCGGAGUGUCAUGCAUGGAUCUACAGUGGUUGUCGGGCUCCCACUUCACUGUCAUGUGGAUUGUCACCAGGAUUCUCCUUGGGGCAGGUGGGGAGAAAUGGAGUGAAGAUGCCGCCCACCCUCUAUGCCCGUUCCUAGAAAGCAAAACGCAUCACGUUCAUUUUCCUUGGCCACAUUUACGGGAAGCAACAGGGACUUCUUAAUAGGUUGUGGCCUUCAACUGGUUAAAAAAAAAAUGAAUCAGAUAUUGUCAGUAGAUAGUCAAGGUCUAUGCUGAUCCUGGAAAAUUUUAGGACUUUUUUUGCAAGCAAGCAGGUAGCGAUGCUCAUCGAUUGCAUCCUUUGGCAGUUCUUGAAGACAAAGGGCUCGUGGCAGCUGUCGCUGUGUAUGGGCUGUAAGAGUAUCACAUCGGUUUGGGGCAGGACGUGGGAUCAGACACCAAGUUCAUCCCUCCGAUACUGAAAAGAGAUCCUCUCUUAGCCGGCUUUGAUUCAUGGCAUGAGUGGGGGCAAAUCUCUUAAUCUUUCUGUGCCUCAGUAUCCCCGCCUGAAAAUGGGACUAGUUGUACUAACCUACCUCCUCUAAUGUGUGGUGAGGAUUACAGAACAACACUUUUUAAGGAAAAAAAAUGCAGUCUUUCAUCUCUUCCCUCUAGGCUAACGGCUCGCAUUCAAUGAAUCAUACCUGCGUGGUGAUUUUCCAGAGUGUUCUCGGACCACAGCGUCUUCCAGCCAGGUCUCCUUGUGAGCGGUGCAAGGAGCUGGCCUUGAGGGGUUAAUACAGACAUUUAAGACAGGUUUCGAAUGACCUAGAAAGUAACACCCAAAUGUUCCCACUCCCGGUGCAGCCUGUCUUAACGGCACUCCAUGCGAGUGCCGUGAACAGGCCACCUGGUAGCAAUUUCACUGUUGGUCCCCAAGGUGUCCCCCUUCAACCAAGGAAAGACAUCGCUCCGCUGUCUGCUUCCUUGGCCACGUAAGUUCUGGUAUCUACGGGGUCUCUCAACUCAUAGCUUGUCUCCUGUGUUUCCAGAGGUCUGUGCAGUGGAGCGGUUUGGGGAACCAGAGUGUAUGAGGGUGACGAGAUGCGCCUGCCUGGGCUGAAAAGCAAAGGGGACCGGCGGGGCAUCACGUUGCUUUCAGACAACAGAAGAUGCCAGGGCUCCACUGGCACAAGCUAUGGAGGGGUGGGAGCAGGGGGGUGGUUCUGGCUUUUUCGAUGCACGACAUUGACUGCAGUCAGCUGGGAGUUGAGACCUCUGGGGAAGUCGCCCCCGGAGGCGUCGCUGUUCUCGAAAGGAGCGCAGCUCGUGGAGGGCGAGGCUGCCUGGCCUAGUCCUGGGCAAGGCCCAGGGGCAUGUGGGCACUGCGGACCAGGCCAGACCCUCGGACGAGCCUGCACGGAAAGGUCAAGACACAGGCUUCUGGUUUGGGGAGGUGGCCGCUCGCAGCUGCAGAAGCAGGAACCCGUCAGGUGCUUGCUCAGUGAGACCCAGCCUGGGAGGUCUUUCCAACCGCGCCCACCCCGGAGACUGGACGUCCAGAGCCCCAGACUCUGGGCAGCGAGAGGACUCGGGAGCGGACGAAGCAGAAAACGUUAAAUGCAUGAUGUAGAAUUGCUGCCUUCGCACUAAGCUGUUGUAUUAAGCAUGACAGGCGUUUGUUUGACAUUGGCAAAGGAAUCGAACAAGAAACAAAAAGCUUUGUGUCCUUGUUUUUUGGCUGUCGAUAGAACUUCCAUUUCCCUGCCUUCCUUUACCCUGUUUCCCCCAACCCAUCGCACCCACUUUCUGUCACUUGUUGGUAUUUGGUGGCACCUCUUGGUCCUGUUGUUCAUGUUCCACUGAAAACACAGGGGUGUGGGGGGGGGAGUGGUAAGAAAAGCAACUUUUUUCUAAUUUUUGUAUUGGUAUCCACAAGCGUUUGUAUUUUUUUGAAUUGCAAACACUGUGUUUUCUGGUCUUUGGGGGUUGGUUCAACUUUCUGUAUUACCUUUUGGAAAACCUGAGUUUUACCACAGUCUUAAGCAGAUUUGAAAUAAAUUCUUUUGACACUGCCAAC